CGUAACUCUUCUCUCUCCUUCCUGUGGUAAGUCAAGGAGAGAAGAUGGCGGCGUCCUCGGUCUGCCGGGCGUCAGUCUCUGCGGCCAGAUGGGCCCUUCUGCGGGGGCCUCACGCUCCGCCAGCCUUAGGGAGUUUGGCAAGAAGUGGAAGUACUGCACCAUAUGCACAUGUGCUCUACAACCUUCCUGAAACGCAAGUGACUACUCUGGACAAUGGCCUUCGUGUAGCCUCCGAACACUAUGACCAGCCUACCUGUACAGUGGGAGUAUGGAUUGGAGUAGGAAGCCGCUAUGAAACUGGAGAUAAAAAUGGAGUUGGCAACUUUGUAGAACAUAUGGCUUUCAAGGGCACAAAGAAACACCCUGGUCCUGAGUUUGAAAAGGAAGUGGAGAGCAUUGGUGCACAUCUCAAUAGCUACACCUCUCGUGAGCAGACAGCCUACUACAUGAAAGCUUUAUCCAAAGAUUUGCCAAAAGCAAUAGAGAUUCUGGGUGAUGUAAUACAAAAUUGGAACCUGGAAGACUCUCAGAUUGAGAAGCAACGGAAUGUCAUCCUGCAGGAAAUGGAAGACAAUGAUACCUGCUUGUCCAAUGUUGUCUCGGAUUACCUUCAUGCUACAGCUUACCAGGGCACUCCUUUGGCCCAGACUCCUGAAGGAACAACUACAAAUAUAAAGAAUUUGACUCGUGCAGAUCUAACAGAAUUCAUUGAAAAUCAUUACAAGGCCCCUCGUAUGGUUCUGGCAGCUGCUGGAGGUGUUGAUCAUAAACAACUUGUGGACCUUGCUAAGCAGCACUUCGGCAGUGUUCCUUAUGAAUACAAGGAAAUUUCACCCCCUCUCCUUUCACCUUGCCGCUUCACUGGGAGUGAGAUCGAAGACAGAGAUGAUGCUUUUCCAUUGGCUCAUGUUGCUGUUGCAGUGGAGGGGCCAGGCUGGGAAAAUCCAGAUAUUUUUCCUCUCCUAGUAGCUAGCGCACUCGUUGGGAACUAUGAUCAUACUUGUAGUAACAAGCAUCAGUCCAAUACGAUGGCCGUAAUUGGUGCACAAAAAAAGUUAUUUCAACUUUUCCAGUCCUUCAACACGUGCUACACAGACACAAGUCUCUUUGGUUUCUAUUUUGUUACUGAUGGGAUGCAUAUUGAUGACACAAUGUAUUUUGCCCAGGCUCAAUGGAUGAAACUCUGUACCAGUGUAGUUGAGAGUGAUGUGACAAGAGCCAAAAAUACUGUUCGAAACGCUUUCGCAGCUCAACUGGAUGGCACCACUAAUAUAUGUGAGACUAUUGGAAGGCAUAUUUUGACUUACGGGCGCCGGAUACCCCUGGCAGAAUGGGAUGCCAGAAUUUCUGAAGUAGAUGCCAAACAGGUGCAAGAGGUCUGUAAUAAGUACGUGUAUGAUAAAUGCCCAGCUGUUGUGGGAGUUGGUCCUAUUGAACAGCUACCAGACUACAACCGUAUCCGCAGCGCUAUGUACUGGCUCCGUCUCUAGCGUGUUUUAAUGCAGAGCAGAAGUGGGGCAACGGGACAUUCUUUAACAUCUGUUCUGGUGAAUUUAUUGUGUGUCGGAGAUGUUGGGUCCCAUAAUUGCUGUACAUUUUUCUGUACGCUUAUGUAAAGUGAUGUUUCCAAGAGAACAAAAUAAAUUUAAAUUAAAACAGA